AUGAAGUUGAUACAUUUUCUUGCCUGCUUCUCUCUCCUCUUCAUUCAAACCGCUUUGGGAGAGUUGGUGUGUGAGCAAUUACCAGUUGGCAUCUGCUCAUUUUCAAUUGCAUCUUCUGGGAAGCGAUGCUUGUUAGAGACCUAUGCAUCUGGUGACGGAACUAUGAAAUUGCAGUGCAAGACAUCGGAGGUGGUGGUGGGGACUAAUAUGCGUGAACAUGUUGAAACAGAUGAAUGUAUUGCUGCCUGUGGGGUUGAUAGGAAAUCCGUCGGAAUAUCUUCUGAUUCCCUUCUCGACCACCGUUUCACCGCUAAACUUUGCCUGCCACAAUGCUACCAAAACUGCCCCAACAUUGUUGAUUUGUACUACAACUUGGCUUCCGAAGAAGGAGUGGUUUUAGCAGAUCUGUGCAAGGCAGUAAGAAGCAGUGCAGGGCGUGCAACGUCACGGUUUCUGAGUUCGGGCGCCGCCUUUGGCCCGGCGUCUGCGGCCGCAGCUCCGACAUCAGAAGCAGCUUUCGGUCCAAUAAUUUCAAGUGUUGAUUGUGCUCCACCACCUAUGUAA